AGACAUCUGCAGUUGGGUUGGUUAGCAGGACAGAGGGAUUACACACUUUCCUGGGGACAAUACAAGAACUUGAACAGCAGCCAUGGUGGACGCAGCAGCAGCAGAGCAGUUCCUGGAUGCCAACCCUCAGUUCGCCAAAGAGUUCUAUGACCGAUAUUUACGUCCCAAAGUCAUCUCAGACCUGCUGGAUGGCAACCGUAAAACAAUGGUGGACAUCAGCAAGUUUCACGACUUGACAAUGGUGGACGAAAGUGAGAUCCUGUUCGACCUAAUACGGGACAUUCAGGACAACCUGCAGAUGGAGAGGUCUGUCUUCAGGCUCAUGAAACAUCUCAGUUUCAUGCUGAAGGCGGACCGCAUGAGUCUCUUCAUGUACCGGCAGAGGAACGGCGUGGCAGAGCUGGCCACCAGGUUAUUCAAUGUUCAUAAAGAUUCAACAUAUGAUGAGUGCCUGGUGCCACCUGAGAGUGAAAUUGUGUACCCGUUGGACAUGGGCAUCGUGGGGCAUGUAGCCACCAGCAAGAAGAUGGUCAACAUUCCUGAUGUGUCACAGAACCCUCAUUUUAGUAACUUUGUUGAUGAGCUGACUGAGUAUGUUACCAAGAACAUCCUCGCCAUCCCCAUUAUGAAUGGUAAAGACAUGGUGGCUGUCAUGAUGGCUAUCAAUAAGUUGGAUGGACCAAACUUCACAGCCAAGGAUGAAGAGAUUCUUAAUAAAUAUCUGUUCUUCGCCAACCUGAUUCUGAGAGUUUUCCACCUGAGCUAUCUGCACAAUGGUGAAACCAGAAGAGGACAGGUUCUGCUGUGGUCGGCCAGCAAGGUUUUUGAGGAGCUGACAGACAUUGAGAGGCAGUUCCACAAGGCCUUGUACACAGUCAGGGCUUUUCUUAAUUGUGACCGUUACUCUGUGGGCCUCCUGGAUAUGACCAAGACCAAGGAGUUCUUUGACUUGUGGCCUGUUCUGAUGGGAGAAGUUCCACCUUAUGAUGGACCCAAGACUCCUGAUGGCAGGGAAGUUAUCUUCUAUAAAGUCAUUGACUACAUUCUCCACGGCAAAGAGGACAUUAAAGUCAUACCCAAUCCUGCAGCUGAUCACUGGGCCCUGGUCAGUGGUUUGCCCACCUAUGUGGCGGAAACUGGACUGAUUUGUAACAUCAUGAAUGCAGCUCAGGAUGAGUUUUUCAGCUUCCAGACAGAGCCGCUGGAUGAUUCUGGCUGGACCAUUAAGAACGUCCUGUCUAUGCCAAUUGUCAACAAGAAAGAAGAGAUAGUGGGUGUGGCCACGUUCUAUAACAGGAAGGAUGGGAAACCCUUUGAUGAAAUGGAUGAAACACUGAUGGAGUCUCUGACCCAGUUCCUGGGCUGGUCUGUGCUGAACACUGACACUUAUGACAGGAUGAACAAGCUGGAGAACAGGAAGGACAUCUUCCAGGACAUGGUGAUGUACCACGUCAAAUGUCGCAAGGAUGAAAUCCAGAACGUUCUGAACACCAGGGAGAGGUGGGGGAAGGAGCCGGAUGAAUGCGAGGAGGAGGAUCUCCAAGAGAUUCUGUCAGAGGUUCUUCCAAACUCAAAGAAGGCGGAGAUCUUCGAGUUUCACUUCUGUGACUUCGAACACAGUGAGCUGGACCUGGUGAAGUGCGGCAUCAAGAUGUACUAUGAACUGAAAGUGGUGGACAAGUUUCACAUUCCCAGAGAGGUCUUGGUGAGGUUCAUGUACUCUCUCAGUAAAGGAUACAGGAAGAUCACGUACCACAACUGGAGACAUGGCUUCAACGUUGGACAGACCAUGUUCACUCUCCUGAUGACAGGUGAUCUGAAGCGUUACUACACAGACCUGGAGUGUAUGGCCAUGGUGACUGCUGGCUUCUGUCAUGAUAUUGACCACAGAGGGACCAACAACCUCUACCAGAUGAAGUCUGGUAAUCCUCUAGCAAAGCUUCAUGGCUCCUCCAUCCUGGAGAGACACCAUCUGGACUUUGGCAAGACUUUGCUAAGAGAUGAGGCAUUGAACAUUUAUCAGAAUCUGAACCGCCGUCAGCAUGACCUCGUUAUCCACCUCAUGGACAUCGCCAUCAUCGCCACUGAUCUGGCUCUCUAUUUCAAGAAGAGGACAAUGUUUCAGAAGAUUGUGGACCAGUCCAAGACCUAUGAGAGCUGGAACGACUGGACCAAAUACAUGAUGCUGGAGACCACUCGCAAAGAAAUUGUCAUGGCCAUGAUGAUGACUGCUUGUGAUCUUUCUGCCAUCGCCAAACCAUGGGAGAUCCAGAGCAAGGUGGCGCUGUCUGUGGCUGCAGAGUUCUGGGAGCAGGGAGACCUGGAGAGGACAGUCCUGGAGCAGCAACCUAUUCCCAUGAUGGACAGAAACAAAGCCGAUGAGCUGCCAAAGCUGCAGUGUGGUUUCAUCGACUUCGUCUGCGCUUUUGUGUACAAGGAGUUCAGUCGCUUCCAUGUGGAGAUCACCCCCAUGCUAGACCGCCUGAUGAACAACAGGAAGGAGUGGAAUGCCCUGAAGGAGCAGCACGAUGCCAAAAUAGCUGCUAUUGAGGAAGCUAAGAAAGCCAAGGAGGAGGCAGCUCAGCAAGCUGCCGCUGCUAAACAAGCAGCAGCAAGCGCUUCCCAGUCAAAGACUUGUAUUCUCAGCUAGAGAUCCUCCAAUGAUACCAUCUCACUUGCUGCAUGAUUUUGGUCUUGCACUGGAUCUUUACUAUCCUUUGGUGGGAUUUCUUUGAGGUCACUCUUCUUCUCAUUGAGAUGUCAUUCAUCAACUUAUUUUCCCUUCUGCUUUCUUUCUAUGCUGCUUCUUUCUGUGUGUGUGGUAUUUUCUCAUUGGCUGCGCAGAGCUUUGUGGUACAUUCUGGUGUUAAAAAUCACCAGCUUUUGAUUCAUCUACCAAAAAGCAUUGCAUACAGCCUAUAACCCAUUGUCUGAAAAUCACACCUGUAAGCAAGAUAAUGGAAUCGUAAUGUAAUACAGUUCAGUGCAUGCCAGUUUGAAUUGAUUACAGUUCAGAGUUGACAUUAAGUCAAACUAAGGCGGUUUUAGUUAUUUGUUUUAGAGUUAAUCACAGGGAAUGGUUGCACAAGUUUUUAAAACAAAUAUCAAUAAUUGUUUAAAAUAUACACAUCUUGCAGUAUUUGCUGUGUCUAUAUGUUCUUUUAUCUACAACAGUCAGAAUAAUCACCUUCUUCUGUAAAUGCUGAUUAAAAACUGCUUGUA